UCCGUCGGGACAUCAAGUCAGCGUUUUAUUGAGUGUCAGACUCCCCGCCUACCGGAGACACCACUGAAAACCUCGCUUUACCUCCAGCACUUAGAAAGGUGAGCUCAGAUCACCUUUUGCGCUGUGUUGAGGAGGUUUUCCUGCAGGGGGAAGCGGAAGACACUUGCACCUGCGAGAUGAAACUAACUAAAGCUUUCGCGGAGUUUCAGCUGGGCUGGCCUCACAUGCAUUACGUCUUUGCUGUGCUCUGUCUUUUUGUCGUGGUGUAUAAAUUAACAAUUCUACUUGCGAAAAGAAGGGAAGCACUGCGAAACUUCCAAGCUUUUGGGGGGCCGCCGCCACACUGGCUGUUUGGACAUGUUCUCGAGUUUAAACAAGAUGGGACAGAUAUGGACAAAGUAGUGAAAUGGGGACAAGAGUACUCAUAUGUUUUUCCAAUGUGGUUUGGCCCCUUUGUCAGUAUCAUCAAUAUUCAGCAUCCAGAUUAUGCAAAAACUAUCCUGACAUCAUCAGAGCCAAAAGAUGAUUUUGCCUACCGGUUCAUUGAGGGUUGGAUUGGAAAUGGGUUGUUGGUGUCAGAAGGUCAGAAGUGGUUCCGUCACAGAAGGCUCUUAACGCCAGGUUUCCAUUAUGAUGUUUUGAAACCAUACGUAAAAUUGAUGUCAGAGUCUGCUCAGAUUAUGUUGGAUAAGUGGGAAAGUUAUGCAAGCACAAAUGAGCCUUUUGAAUUGUUUAAACACGUGAGCCUCAUGACACUGGACAGCAUUAUGAAGUGUGCCUUCAGCUGCUACAGCAACUGUCAGACAGAGGGUGGAACAAAUGCAUACAUCAAAGCAGUGUAUGAUCUCAGUUUUCUAAUUAACCUUCGGCUCAGAAUGUUUCCGUACCACAGCGACCUCAUUUUCCACCUUAGCCCACAUGGUUUCAGAUAUAGAAAAGCACGUCAGGUGGCUCUCAGUCAUACAGAGGAAGUUAUAAGAAAGAGGAGAGAAGCACUAAGAGAAGAGAAGGAGCUUGGACAAAUACAGGCAAAGAGAUAUUUGGACUUUCUGGACAUCCUUCUCUUUGCAAGAGAUGAGAACCAGCAGGGUCUGUCAGAUGAAGAUAUGCGGGCAGAAGUGGACACCUUCAUGUUUGAGGGCCAUGACACCACAGCCAGUGGCCUGUCUUUCAUCCUCUACUGUCUGGCCUGCAACCCAGAACAUCAGAAGAUUUGCAGGAAGGAGAUAAUGGAGGCCCUGCAUGACAAGGAAACCAUGGAGUGGGAGGAUCUCAGUAAAAUCCCAUACACUACCAUGUGCAUAAAAGAAGCUCUCCGCCUUUACCCCCCUGUACCAGGAAUUGCCAGAAAAACCACCAAAACUGUAACCUUUUGUGAUGGGAGAACUGUGCCUGCAGGAGCUGCUCAGCCAUGGGAACCCAUGAGCCACGAAGCUCCAGGCACACAGUUUUUGUGCUGAUGUUGAUGCCAGAGGAGGUUUGGAGCUCUGCAGUAACUGAGUCAGCAGAGUGUUGGAGAUUUUUAUGCACUCUGCAUGUUUGCAUGGUCUGGCACUUCAUGGCUGAGUUGCUGUAGUUCUUAAACACUUCUAAUUUGCAAUAAUACCACUUACACCUGAUCACGCUGCAUGGCUAGCUGCUUGAUUUUAUGUUUCUGUGCCAACUGGACUUAAAACACCUGCAUUUGGAUUAGGAUGUGCGUCACAGUACAUUUUUCCAUAUGGUGUAUGUUUUGUUGUGUAUGUGUAUUUGUUUUGUUUGUAAGAUAAUGUUCAGCUACACACACCCUAUAAUCUUUUAAUAAUAAUGAGCU